CUGCAGACGGGAAAACUGAGGCUGAAGAGGUGCAGAGCAGAGGCAGGUCUUGAAACCUUGUGGGGUGCCACGAGGGCCAGCUCUCCCCCCUUCCCCCACUGACACCAGACAUCUCCUUGAGGUACUGCCAUCCCCAGGAAGUGCUGCAGGAGCUGGGGAGUGAAAGCAAGAAGUGUUCUGAGCCCAGAGACCAGAGGAAGCAAGAGGCUGCAGUGAAAGAAGAAGUGAAGUGAAGUGAGAGCGUGUUGUGUUGUGUCGUGUGGGGGCAAGGAGAGCAGAGAGAAGGGGAGGACUGAGAGCCCGUGCCGAGCACUGAGGGGAGCAGAGAGGAGGCGGCCGGCAGAGACAUCCAAGUUCCCUUUUGUUCUGUGGACCGGAGCUGGGAGCCCGUGGCAACAGCACAGCAGCAGCGGCUUCACAGGUUGGAAACUAGUUUUUGGAAGAGACUGGGAACAGGACAUGGAUGACCAUAGGGUCUUUUUCCUCUGCCUGUGCCUCAUGAUUGCUCACAGUGAUACAGUGGAGGAGUCCCAAGAACCCCUGAGCUGGAUGGAGAACCUGGAGACGAUGUCCAGGAGCCGCAAUGUGACUUCGCUUCGUGGUCAGCAGAAAAAAUCCAGAAAAAUCUUCCUGAAGGAGGUGUCCAAAGACCUGGACCUGAACAAGAGGAAUCAGGAGAUGUGGAUGAGUGGGGUGGAGAGGCUUAUCCGGGGCCUGGAGUGCAGCCUGUUGAACACCAGCUUCGAGGGCAAGAACCUUACCUUGCAGACGCACAGCAUCCAGACACUGGCCUUCAAGCUGGGAUGUGACUUCACUGGCCUCGCACUGAGCAGUGCGACUCUGGAGCGGGUCCCCCAGGCCUCGGUGCCGCACGCCAUGCAGUUCCCGGCAGAGCUGACCCAGAAUGCCUGCAGGACCCGCCCCAGGGAGCUGCGCCUCAUCUGCAUUUACUUCUUUACUGACUACUUUUUCCAGAGUAUCAACUCAUCUUUGCUCAAUAACUAUGUCCUGGGAGCCCAGCUGAGUCACGGACACGUGAACAACCUCAGUGAGCCGAUCAACAUCAGCUUCUGGCACAACCGAAGCCUGGAAGGCUACACAGCGACCUGUGUCUUUUGGAAGGAAGGAGCCAGCAAGGAUCACUGGGGGGUCUGGAGCCCCGAGGGCUGUCGCACAGAGCAGCCGUCACCUUCCCAGGUGCUCUGCCGCUGCAACCACCUCAGCUACUUUGCUGUUCUCAUGCAACUCUCCCCGGCCCCGAUCCCCGCAGAGCUGCUGGCGCCUCUUACGUACAUCUCCCUGGGGGGCUGCAGCAUCUCCGUCGUGGCCUCGCUUCUCACUAUCCUGCUGCACUUCCAAGCCAGGAAGCAGGGUGACUCCACAACACACAUCCACAUGAACCUGCAUGCGUCUGUGCUGCUCCUGAACGUCGCCUUCCUGCUGAGUCCUGUGCUGGCCAGGGCCGGGGCAGCAUGCACAGCACUGGCGGCCAUCCUGCACUUUGCGCUGCUCAGCUGCCUCACCUGGAUGGCCAUCGAAGGCUUCAACCUCCACCUCCUCCUCGUGCGCGUCUACAACAUCUACAUCCGCCGAUAUAUGCUCAAGCUGUGUGCAGUGGGUUGGGGGGUCCCAGCCCUCCUGGUGCUGCUCCUUCUUGUUGACCAGAAUUCAGUGUAUGGACCUCACACAAUCCCACUCUUCGACAGCCGGGGAAAUGGCACAGGUUUCCAGAACAAUUCCAUAUGCUGGGUGCGGAGCCCCUGGGUGCACAACAUCUUGGUCAUGGGCUAUGGUGGCCUCACAUCCCUUUUCAACCUGGUGGUGCUGGCUUGGGCGCUGCGGGCCGUGUGCAGGCUGCGGGCGCAGGAGAAGGUGCCGGGCACCCGGGCCUGCCGAGAUAGCGUCACCGUGCUGGGCCUCACCAUGCUGCUGGGCACCACCUGGGCCUUGGCUUUCUUCUCCUUUGGUGUCUUCCUGCUGCCCCAGCUCUUCCUCUUCACCGUCUUCAACUCGCUGUAUGGUUUCUUCCUCUUCCUGUGGUUCUGCUCCCAGAGGUGCCGCUCAGAGGCAGAAGUGGAGGCAGAGAUGGAGGCGUUCAGCUCCUCCCAGACGAUGCCGUAGUCUGGGCCCGCUGGCCCAGAACCCGUAGCCUCUCUGGCUGCCUGCAGCCUGAGACUCUGGCUCCCACCAGAGAAGGUGGCAGGCCAGCUGCUGGACACCAGAAGCCCCUGUGCCCUCCAGGGAGACUUUCCUACUUCCAUGGCUUCCCUGGGCCCAGAGGGCAGGGCAUUCUGCCCCGGGACAGGUGCAACUCCGCUGGGGGUCAGCAAACUUUACUGGGGUGCCUGGGCCCAGGGUACCUGGUCAGGCCCAUGGGCAGAGCGCUGGCUUGGGAGUCAGGAGGCCAUAUUUCGAGGCUUGGUUCCGAGUCUUACUGUAUGACCUUGGGUCUGUCAUCUCCCUGACCCUGGAUUCCACAUCUGUGACAUGGGGCAGAUGGCUUCGGUCCUGCCUAGCCCAAGAGCUUUGUGAAGACUGAGUAAAACCAGGGAAGAAGGUCUUAGUGGGCCCCGUUACUUCCAACUGCCUGCUGGGGGCGGGGUCUCUGCCAAUCUGCCCUGGAUAUUUCCUGCUGGGCCCUGCCACCUUCCUUCUGGGGAGGGCCAGACCACAUCUUGGCCCAGGGUCCCCAGCCCAGAGCUGAGUCUCACCCAGUGUCUGAGACCUCACCAGCUUAUGCCUGAGGCUGCUUUUCCUUCAGUCCCCCCAAAUUAUGAUGACCCACAACUCCAGGCCUGUUCUUAAAGAUCAGGAAGUCCAGUCCUUCCCAGAAGCUCCUCCUCCAGUGCUCCCAAGACCCCUAUAGGCCAUGUAGAACAGAAGCUGGCGAUAGGGCUUCCUGGGGAUAGGAGGGCAGAGCCUCUUUCCCCUCCACCUGAGCCAGCUGGGCCUGUGACCUGGGUAUUUGAUGAUCGGUUAGGAUCGAAUUUCCCCUGGUAGGCGUGAGGGUAUGGAUUCUAAACCCAAGCUAAGGCCACAGUUGUAGAGACCUACCUUGACCUAUCCAUCAGACCAAGAGGGAGAGGGUUCACGAAGCCAGCUGCAUUCCCAGGAUGCACACCAGAGGGCGCUGUUGGCCUGUGCUCAGAAUUCCGUUGGCUCCAAAAUCCAUCUGGAAAUGUCACCGGUCUGUGGACUUGACACACGAGCUGCAGAGGUCCUGCUUCCAGAACUGCUCCUGCUGAGGGACCAAAGAAAGAGUUCUCACACCGUUUACAUGGCCAUUUCUCUCUUUUCCCAACGCAGCUGCCGGUUCUGGCUCUUCUGGGCAUAUCCGGCGCUAAAGCCGUGGGCUGGGGUAGGCUCUCAGGGCGCCGCCCCAGGCCGUCAGACAGGUAAUAAUGGCUGUGGAGGGCGCGGAGAGGGAACUGGAGCUGGAUCCCUUUUCUCCUGGGGGGGGUCUUCUGCCCUCUGCUCGUUUCUUGAUGCAAAUAGCCCUUCUCUGGGUGGUGAGUACUGUGGUCUCUAGAGCCAGACUGCCUGGGCUCAGAUGGCUCUGCCACUUGCCAGCUAUGUGACAAGCCACUCAAGUUCUCUGUGCCUCAGUUUUCUAAUCUGUAAAAUAGAGGUAGUAGUAGGGGUGCCUAUUUUGAAGAUGAAAAAAAAACCCAUAUAAAGAGGUUUAGCGUGUAGUAAGUGCUCAACAAACGGUUAUCAUUGUUAUUAGUGUUUUUGGUG